AUGAAGCAGUUAAAACUUACAGGUUUUAUUUUUUUCUUAUUCUUUUUGACAGAAUCCCUAACUCUAUCCACAAAACCUCAGGAUGUAGAUGACUCAAGUAAUAUCCAGAAAUUUAUAGAAGAGAACACUGGAUCCUUAACCAUCAUUGCGUUUGCUCAGUAUGUUCAGGAAGCAACGAUUGAUGAAAUGGAAAUGCUGGUGAAAGACAUGAAGGCUUAUAAGGAUAGAUGCUUGGCCAAUCAGACACUUCCAGAGUGUUCAGAAAUAGCUAAUAAUGUUCUACAGGAAAUGAUAUGUGCUCUGGAGGGAGUACCCCAGAAGCACAAUUUUUCACACUGCUGCAGUAAAGUUGACUUUGAAAGAAGACUCUGUUUCUUAUACAACAAGAAAGCUAAUGUAGAAUUUCUACCUCCUUUCCCUACUCUGGAUCCUGAGGAGAAAUGCCAGGCUUAUAAAAAUAACAGAGAAUCUUUUCUAAAUCACUAUAUGUAUGAAGUUGCUAGAAGGAACCCCUUUGUCUUUGCCCCUGCACUUCUAAUUGUUGCUGCACGUUUUGAGGAGGUGGCAAAAAUAUGCUGUGAAGAGGAACAGAAAGCCAACUGCUUUCGAACAAAGGCAGCCCCCAUCACACAAUAUUUGAAAGCAUUGUCUUCUUAUCAAAAAACUGUCUGUGGAGCUUAUUUGAAAUUUGGACUCAAAGUCUUAAACUCUAUAAACAUUGCCGUGUUCAGUAAAAAAUUCCCCCAAAUUGAAUUCAAGGAACUUACUUCCCUCUUAGAAGAUGUUUCUGCCAUGUAUGAUGGGUGCUGUGAAGGGGAUGUUGUGCGAUGCAUCCGUGGCCAG